AUGCGUGUUCCUGGCGCUUCUGCCCUGGCUAGGCACAUGGAAGAUGGAGCAAACGGAGAGGAUGAAAGCUCUGUGCACCGAGGGCAUCCUGAGCCUUUGGACCUUCACUUGGGCAUGUUCCUGCCCACCUUGCUUCACCAGGCCACCGAAGAGCAGCAGGAGUGCUUCUUCAUGCCAGCCUGGAAUCUGGAGAUCACGGGCACUUAUGCGCAGACAGAGAUGGGUCAUGGAACUCAUCUUCGAGGCCUGGAAACCACAGCCACAUAUGACCCCAAGACCCAAGAGUUCAUACUCAUCAGCCCCACUGUGACGUCCAUUAAGUGGUGGCCUGGGGGACUUGGGAAGACUUCCAAUCACGCUAUAGUUCUGGCUCAGCUCAUCACUCAAGGGGAGUGCUACCGCUUACAUGCCUUUGUUGUCCCUAUCCGUGAAAUUGGGACCCACAAGCCCUUGCCAGGCAUCACUGUUGGGGAUAUUGGCCCCAAGUUUGGUUAUGAAGAGAUGGAUAAUGGCUACCUGAAGAUGGACAAUUACCGUAUUCCUAGAGAGAACAUGUUGAUGAAAUAUGCCCAGGUGAAACCUGACGGCACGUAUGUAAAACCUUUGGGUAACAAGCUGACAUACGGGACCAUGGUUUUCGUAAGGUCCUUCCUCGUGGGAAGUGCAGCUCAGAGUCUGUCCAAGGCGUGCACCAUUGCCAUACGAUACAGUGCUGUGAGGCGCCAGUCUGAAAUCAAGCCAAGUGACCCGGAACCACAGAUUUUGGAUUUUCAAACCCAGCAGUAUAAACUCUUCCCGCUCCUGGCCACUGCCUAUGCCUUCCACUUUGUAGGACGAUACAUUAAGGAGACCUACCUUCGAAUUAAUGAGAGCAUUGAUCAAGGGGACCUGAGUGAGCUGCCUGAGCUUCAUGCCCUCACCGCUGGGCUGAAGGCUUUUACUACCUGGACAGCCAAUGCUGGGAUCGAAGAAUGUCGAAUGGCUUGCGGUGGGCACGGCUAUUCUCACAGCAGUGGGAUCCGAAACAUUUACGUCACAUUCACCCGAGCCUGCACCUUCGAGAGAGAGAACACUGUUAUGAUGCUUCAGACAGCCAGGUUCUUGAUGAAGAUCUAUGACCAGGUGCAGUCGGGGAAGCUGGUGGGUGGUAUGGUUUCCUACUUGAAUGACCUGCCGAGUCAGCGAAUCCAGCCACAGCAGGUGGCAGUCUGGCCAGCUAUGGUGGACAUCAACAGUCUGGACAGCCUGACCGAAGCCUACAAGCUUCGUGCAGCCAGAUUGGUAGAAAUUGCUGCAAAAAACCUUCAGACUCAAGUGAGUCACAGGAAGAGCAAGGAAGUGGCAUGGAACUUGACUUCUGUCGACCUUGUUCGGGCAAGUGAGGCGCACUGCCCCUACGUGACCCUUAAGGUCUUUUCAGAUAAACUCCCCAAGAUUCAAGACAAAGCCGUGCAGGCUGUGCUCAGGAAUCUGUGUCUCUUAUAUUCUCUCUAUGGGAUCAGCCAGAAAGAAGGAGAUUUUCUUGAGGGGAACAUCAUCUCAGGGACGCAGAUGUCACAAGUAAACGCUCGGAUACUGGAGCUGCUCACACUGAUCCGCCCCAAUGCUGUUGCUUUGGUGGAUGCCUUUGACUUUAAGGACAUGACACUUGGCUCUGUUCUCGGCCGCUAUGAUGGGAAUGUGUAUGAAAACUUGUUUGAGUGGGCCAAGAAAUCCCCACUGAACAAAACAGAGGUCCACGAAUCUUACCACAAGCACUUGAAGCCCCUGCAGUUCAAGCUUUGAAGUUUUUCUGGGGACAAAUCUGAGUUCCACAAAGCACCAGGAAUUCUCUCCUUGAUUCACUAAUCCUUGUGAAAUCGUCAUCAAAUUUGUGUAGCUAUAGAGCAAAUGAUGGGCUGACCUUUUCCUCUCUCUAAGUAGAGAAAUGAACAGACUUUAGACAUUAAAUGAGAAAUUCAGCAUUUUAAGUGUAGCAAUGCAGAGACUUAGGAACCCAGAAAGCUUCAGGGCUGUGGUCUUGCGUUUGUUUGUACUGCUGCUAAGCUCUGUAGGCCUUGACUCUGGGGGAAUUAACAGAGUUUAACUACUAAAUACUUAGCUAUUUUCACAUUUUUACUGCUAAUCACUGAAUAUAUGUUUUUUAAACAAAGGUGUGAUAUAGAGUAGAACUUUCCAGGCUUUCUGAUCUCCCACUAAGAACAGGAGUUUAGGGGCCUGGAAACUAAUAGAAACCCUGCUGUGGGUGUGUGGCCAUUAUGUGUGCCCCUGCUGCCUGCUGUGUGGGUGUGUCACCCCUUUUAACUGUCACAUUACCAUAGUCAACAAGAGGACUCCUUAAACACCUACCCACCAAGAAACCAGAGCUCCCGGUGGGAGUGAGCACCCACUCCAGGCUCAGUCUUCCUGGUAGUGGGUCUUGCACCUUUAACCCCACUUUCCGA